AUGAGCGAUACAGACAAACCUACCAAUCUCCUUUUGGACUCGGUGUGGCCGUCUAUCGAUGUCAAGGGCACUGGCUACAUCUACGGCAAGGACUUCCCUUUGGCGGUUUCAAAGAUGGAAGAACUACUCAGUAAGGGACAGGGCAUUUCUGAAAGAACUUCACUGGUGUCCAAAACAGGCCAAGAGAUUCUUAAAAAGUUCAGCAGCGACCAAGAGUUCUUCAAGGUGUACAAGGAGGAUUUUGCAGAGCUUUUCAAUGGGCUUCUAGGCACAAGUUUCAAAACAGCUGUCCAAACGUGCACGGAGGAUAAAUCCCUGGAUUUUAUAAGAGCAGCGCGCGAAAUGGCUAGUUUUCACGAAAAUGAGGACACUCCGGUCGACUCGGAGACGAUACGAAGCGAAGUGGUCGGUUUAAAGGCCCAAAUCGACGAACUACGGCGGCAAAACUUGGAAAAAGAUCGAACUAUCGCCGCCAAAGAUGCUAUACUGUUCGAUUUGCAAAGCACGGGAGCUUCCGCUCCAGGAAGUCCGAUCACGGAACGCGGCCUGCGGAACCUGCGAACGCGAAUCGCAAAUCUAACCGAAGACCUGCAAGGCAAAGACGACGUCAUCCGAGACAAGGAUCGCGAGCUAUUGUCCUUGACCAAGAAGGUCGGGGAGUACCGAGAUAAAUACCAGUUUUUGGAGCGCGAGUUUCAGUUCUACAAGGACCACGGCGAGCUCCAAAAGCCGGAGUCCACGAAAGAGGCCACCAAACACGAAUUCAUAAUCUCGGAACUCAGACGUAAAAUCAAUGACCAAGGCGACAUGAUCAACGCGAUGCGAGCGCAAGUUGGGUCCAAGCAGAUUUUUCUGCCAACCACGUCGAAAACCGGUCCGGAAUCCAGUAUACUGGACGCCAUACCUGUGCGUAAAACACUAAAAUGGAUUGCAGUAGUAGUUAUGGUGGUCUUGGGGGCAAACAUCUUUUUGUUUUUCGUUGCUUCCAUGAAAUCAGCUUUCGGGACCGACUCCAGUUCGGCGAUCAACCCUCAAAUCCAACUGGAAUGGUGGGAGCGAAUGCCCGUGUUUAGUAAAAUUGGCUGGUUUUUCUCGGAAUAUCUUGAACACGAUUGGGCUUCAACCUCCGACGACGAAAUCAGUUCUAAUUACGAUAAAAUCUUCGGAGUAUGA